UUUUUUUUUUUUAUUUUUCCUUUCUUUCUUUUUUCUUUCUUUUGAUCCAUUUACAUGUAUUUUGUCACCACUUGAUGUCUUUUCUUACCAUCUUUCUUAUAGGAUAUCUUUUAGGUGGAUUGACAUUAUUUCCUUUAUUAUUAAGCCUUUAUGUAUACCUCCCUACAUUUACUUCCAGACUACAACAAGUUUAUCGACAUUACAUCAAACCAGUUAGCAACAAUGACAACAAGAAUGAUAUUAUUUCAACUUUAUCUCCUCCUCCACUUUAUAAAGUCGGCUGGUUACGUAUGACGCAAGGCAAACCUCCUAUCAUUAGUUUAUCCAAACCAAGUCAACGACCUUUUUUCGCCGUCCUAAAACACCAUACUUUAUACCUUUAUGAUUCUGAACAGCAACUGGAUUGCCAACAAGUUCUUUCUUUACAACAAUACAAGGUUUCCAUGUAUCCUUCCGAUAUUCAAGAUCCUGAAAUGUUUUCUAGACCUUAUUGGAUUCAACUGACUCGUAUUGAAGAAGAAGAAGAAGGAGGUAAUAAAUCACUUUAUCUUCAUUGUCAUCUAUGUACGGAAAAAGAAGAUUGGUAUCAGGUGCUCCUGCAAGCAAGUGGGUUACCUCGGGUCCCGGUCAGCAUGGGAUCUCUACAACCUUUGAUUCAUCGUAUUCAUGGUGAUGGAUAUCAAUUGGAACUUCAAUGGUUCAAUGCAUUAAUGGGACGACUGUUUUUGGGGAUUCAUCAAACGGAACGAUUUCGACAAGCUGUUUGGACCAAGGUGAUGACCAAGGUAGGCAAGAUCAAUGCUAGACGACCUCCAUUUCUGGGUGAAAUUCAAGUACGUGCCGUGGAUAUUGGUGGCAAUUUACCAUUGAUGACUCGACCUAGAUUGAUUGGUUUGACGCCUCAAGGUGAAUGCAAGUUGGAAGCCAUGAUUGAUUACCAAGGUGCAGAUUUACACAUCGAGAUUGCUACUGUGUUACAAUGGACUUAUUCGGAUCGGUUACCUCCUCUCACCAUGGAUAUUGUGUUGCGUGUCACUUUACAAUCUCUUCAAGGCAAAAUCAAUGUUUUGAUCAAACCUCCUCCAUGCAAUCGUCUCUGGUAUGGAUUUGAAGGCUUACCUGAUAUGAAAUGGCAUAUAGCUCCAUUGGUGUGGGAAACCAAAGUAGGUCAUUCUAUGGUUGUCAAGGCUAUCAUCAAACAUCUGGAAGAAGUGUUUCGGGAUACAAUGGUCAUGCCUCAUAUGGACGAUAUCACCUUCUUUGAUUCCAUGGGUCUAGGUGGCAUCUAUCAAGAACUUGAUCAUACUUUCUCCAAUACAGAAUUGAAUCAAUCAUCAUCCACAACAACAGCAUCAUCAUCAUCCACACUCUCCAUCUCACCUCCUAUCAUGGACAUGAAACAUCGUAUUAUCAAGAAAGACAAAUCAUCCGUACAAUCAGAACCAAUCAAGAAGGACGAAAGGACAAAACAAGACGAUAUGCAAUUAUUAUCCACUGUCAGAUCUUUACCGGAAUUGAUCUCAGCUCAUACUCAAUUAGAAACCACCUUAUCUAGUUCACCCUCCUCCACUAUCAGUUCUCCCAAUGAUUCGCAUACUUUAUCACCUCCUGAUCAAAAUGAUAUCACCGACAUCACUUCUCCUGCAUUACGGCAUCGUCGAUCCUUGGCUCAUUUAGGUCAACAACAAAAAACAUCCGCUUCUACUGCUCUUGCUCAAGUCAAUACGGCCGCCGGUCUUUUUCUUGGAAAAUCUCCUGUUCAUUCUACUUUAUCAUGACCUUUUUUUUUUUUUAUGUAUAUCUAGUUGAUUCCCCCCAUACAUAUAUAUAUAUAGCUUAUGAUUAUACAUACGCAUCAUUUACCCUAUUUUUUUUUUUUUUUUUGUAUUUUA